CACAGACUGACCCACAUCCAGAACAUAGGACUAAAACUGCUCCGCUUGCCCACAUCAGAUCAUCUGCCAGCAACACUGCAGUGGGAAUAAAUAAAUAAACAAAUAAAAUGACACAGAAAAAGGUUGCACCAACAGUCCAAACUGUUGAAGGAAACAUGCCUCCAAGUUAUGAAGAGGCAAAUGCAGGAUGCCCUGGUUACUACUAUGGUGACGGAAAUUUUUCCUGGGAUGACAUGUUUAUUAGACGAGUUUUUAUACGAAAGGUUUAUUCAAUUCUGAUGCUGCAGCUCUUUUCAACAGUAGCAGUCAUUGCUCUCUUUACAUUCUACACUCCAGUGAGGAUAUACAUUCAAACACAUCCUGUUUUAUACUCCAUGUCCAAUCUUCUGUUUCUAGUCACAUAUAUCUCAUUGGCUUGCUGCGGUGAUUUGAGGAGGCAGUUUCCAUGGAAUCUUAUUCUUCUUACAUUAUUUACUCUGAGCAUGGCGUGCAUGUUGGGUUUUAUCUCUAGUUUCUACAACACCAAGUCAGUAGUGUUGUGCAUUGGCAUCACUGCCACAGUGUGCCUGUGUGUCACCAUUUUCAGCUUUCAGAGCAAGAUUGACAUCACCUCUUUCCAAGGUCUUCUCUUCAUUUUGUGUAUGGUCAUGUUUUUCUGUGCUAUUGUCAUGGGAUUUGUGGUUCCCUUUGGCUAUGUUCCCUGGUUACAUGCAGUCUACGCCAGCAUAGGAGCUGUUGUCUUUACCAUGUUUCUUGCCUUUGAUACACAGCUGCUGAUGGGAAACAAACAAUACGCAAUAAGUCCUGAAGAAUAUAUCUUUGCGACUCUCAGUCUCUACCUGGAUAUUGUGUACUUGUUUACGUUCCUGCUUCAGCUGUUUGGUAAUGGUAGAGAAUGAGCCAUGGUUGUGUCGUAAUAUUAUCCAUCAUGUACAAUAUUGACAGCUAUUGUUUCAAACUUGUCUGUAACCUCAACGUUUUUAGAACAACACGUGGCCUUUAAUGUAGUAUUAGGUUUAAAAGAAAUCAACUCUGUAAAAAUGUUUUCUCAGGUACUGAAACAUGCACUUCAUAUGUGAUUUAAAGGUCAUAUUCAAAACCUUUCCGCAUGACUGACUAAAUCGAUCUGACUGUAUUUGGUUUAGGGAUUCAUUUUAAAAUAGAAUUUAAAAAUACAAAUUAAGAUGUAAAAUAUUUAUAAAAUCUGGGCUUUUUUCAUGAAGUACUGUCUUAAAAGAAGCUACAAAAAAUGAAGAUGAAAGGCCUUUGGCUGAAGGUUCAGAAAGUUAAAAUGCUGAGUUUAUAUUAAGCUCUAUUAUUUUCAUACCAAUAAUCUGUUUACUCAAGGUUUUUUUUUUUUUUUUUUAAUAAAUGUAUAUAAAUGUUAUUUUGUCAUUGAGUGUAAAAACAUGUAAGACCAUUAAAAUGUCUGGAUAUUCUGAAACUCAUAUGUCAUAUAAAUAUUUGAUUAUCGCAAUCUGUCAUUGUAAGAUCGUUCAUUUUGUAAUGCAUUGUAGUGUUUUAACUUUCACAUGUUAUUCUCUAACUGACAGUUCAUUGUAUAUCACCUUCUGCUACCUGUACAAUGUACUACAGCACUUCUGUUUGUGUCUAGUUAUGAGCAGCCUGUCCGCUUCAUAUUUUUGAAUGCAGA